GAGCUUAGCGAGCAGCGGAACCACAUUGGCUGCCUAGCGGAUGAGUUGAGGCGGGUCCACAUCGCUGCUGAACCGACCUAAGAACGCUAAACCAAACCAGAAUUUGAGCCCGAGUACUUCUCCGAGCUUGAGCCCCAGCCAGCCGCAGCAGGCCCUCAGCAUGCUGAGCAUCCGAUCCUUGGUGCCCCGGAUGCUCUGCCUCCAGGGCAGGACCGCCUCAUACUCUACAGCGGCUGCUCUCCCAAACCCGAUCCCAAACCCAGAGAUUCACUACGACCAGCUGUUCAUCAACAACGAGUGGCGCGACGCAGUCAGCAAAAAGACCUUCCCCACAGUGAACCCCACCACAGGCGAUGUCAUUGGGCAUGUGGCCGAAGGUGACCGGGCCGAUGUGGAUUUGGCUGUGAAAGCAGCCCGGGAGGCUUUCCGCCUGGGGUCCCCGUGGCGCAGGAUGGAUGCCUCAGAGCGGGGGCGGCUGCUGAACCGCCUUGCCGAUCUUGUGGAACGGGACCGCGUGUACUUGGCCUCACUGGAGACCUUAGAUAACGGGAAACCUUUCCAGGAGUCUUAUGUCUUGGACCUGGAUGAAGUCAUCAAGGUGUAUCGUUACUUUGCUGGCUGGGCUGACAAGUGGCAUGGUAAGACCAUCCCUAUGGACGGUGAGCAUUUUUGCUUCACCCGACAUGAGCCAGUGGGUGUCUGUGGCCAGAUAAUCCCGUGGAACUUUCCAUUGGUCAUGCAGGGCUGGAAGCUGGCCCCAGCACUAGCCACGGGCAACACCGUGGUCAUGAAGGUGGCAGAGCAAACCCCACUUUCUGCCCUGUACUUGGCCUCCCUUAUCAAGGAGGCGGGGUUUCCCCCAGGGGUGGUGAACAUUAUCACCGGUUAUGGCCCCACAGCGGGGGCAGCCAUUGCCCACCAUAUGGAUGUCGAUAAAGUUGCCUUCACAGGCUCUACGGAGGUGGGUCAUCUGAUUCAGAAGGCUGCCGGGGAUUCCAAUCUCAAGAGAGUCACCCUGGAGCUGGGUGGGAAGAGUCCCAGCAUUGUGCUGGCAGACGCUGACAUGGCUCAUGCCGUGGACCAGUGUCACGAGGCCCUUUUCUUCAACAUGGGCCAGUGCUGCUGCGCAGGCUCGCGGACAUUCGUGGAAGAAUCCAUAUAUCAUGAGUUCCUCGAGAGGACUGUGGAGAAGGCCAAGCAGAGGAAAGUCGGGAACCCCUUUGAGUUGGACACCCAACAGGGGCCUCAGGUGGACAAGGAGCAGUUUGAACGAAUCCUGGGCUACAUCCGGCUUGGGCAGAAGGAAGGGGCAAAACUUCUCUGUGGUGGGGAGCGUUUCGGGGAGCGCGGCUUCUUCAUCAAGCCCACGGUCUUUGGGGACGUUCAGGAUGACAUGAGGAUUGCCAAGGAGGAGAUCUUCGGGCCUGUGCAGCCUCUGUUCAAGUUCAAGAAGAUUGAGGAAGUGAUCCAGCGAGCCAAUAACACCAGGUAUGGCCUGGCUGCGGCUGUGUUCACCCGAGACCUGGACAAGGCCAUGUACUUCACCCAGGCCCUGCAAGCUGGGACAGUGUGGGUGAACACCUACAAUAUUGUCACCUGCCACACACCAUUUGGAGGCUUUAAGGAAUCCGGCAAUGGGAGGGAGCUGGGGGAGGAUGGGCUUAGAGCCUACACGGAGGUAAAGACCGUCACUGUCAAGGUUCCAGAGAAGAACUCCUAAGAGUGUCCGGGAACCUGCACCUCAGAGACCUGGCCCUGGCCUGCAAUUCCACAACAUCUAGCCAGCAGAUGACAAGAUUCGGUUUUAGCCCGAGUUCCAAAUG